UCAGUCGUCGUUCAACUGCGAAUCAAUCGAGUUGUUUAUUAGUUGUCCUUGCUUCGCUUCCAAAUCCAGACCAUCAAUAUAAUAAACUGAAUGCUAUUCGAACAACAUUGCGCUACAAUUUUGUUUUAUUUAUCGUGUCGAAUCAGAAAGAAGACAUCUCUUCCAGACAUCAUCGCCGGGCAGCAGCGAAAGUCGCACGCCGGUUUGUGUUAUUGGCAACUAGACACCGAGUAUAGGCACACAAUGUGCUGAUCAUGCGAGCUCGGCUGAUGGCUUCAGGGUAAGCCAAUUUGUUGUUUGAAGACUUUGGAAGCCAGCCUUCUCCUCGUGAGUGACGACGAUUCGUUCUAGGUAAACAGUUCACAAGCAUAAGCAGCAAGACAAAACAUUCGAUUCAUUGGCGUCCUGCCCGGGUCCGGUCUGCCUGCCUGCGUUUGACAGGCCAUAAAAAACAAUAAAUAUACCAGAGGAGCAUAAAGGGACCUGCGUGAUCGCACACACUCCAUAAGUUCUGUUUGUUCCGUUUCUACCGUCCUCGCAUCACACUUGAAGUGCUUUACCGGCAAGGGGUAGCGCUGACUCCGACUAUUCGAAUCCGUACUGCCAACCAGCCUGGAACCAUGAACGCCGCUUCAUUACGAUUAGCCGAUCUGGAAUCGCGUCGCAUUUGUCGAUUUUGUUUGCGCAUUUGUCCGACCGAUGGCGGUGGAAUUACGGACAUUGGAAGCGACACGAAGGUGAUGUCGAAAAUCGCAUUCGCACUAACGCUGGAAGUUCGUGCUCAGGAUGGACUACCGCAACGAAUCUGCGACGGCUGUGAGUGGUUGCUGGAGAAGUUCCACCUGUUCAAGAACCAGUGUGUGAAGGCGGAGAUGCUGUUGAAGACGUUCGCCGACUCCGGAGUUCCGUUGAUGCAGUACUUCGAACCGGUUAAGUUCGAAGAAUUUCGUUGGAAAAGAAAAGAAUGGGAAGGAGUUGAAGUUGGAGUACAAGCAGUUGAAGAGACAAAGUCGGAACCAGUAUAUGAGGUGAUUGCUCCGGAAGAAAUAAAGCAGGAAGUCGUAGAAGAAGAUUGGAGUUAUGCAGAGGAGCCUGUGCCGUUACUGAACGUUGAUCAUGCUGAUCAGAUCACGAUGGAUGCCAUAGCGCGUCAAUUUUAUGGAACAGAGGGAGCUUUGCAGUCAUUCACAGUACAAGAUGGCGUUCACAACGUUUCUGAGUUGGUAACAGAUAUGGAUAUUGGGUCCCCGCAAUUAAACGCACCCAACAUCGAAGCGGACGAUGAAAAUUCCAACGAUACGGUGGAGUUUCAAAUGAAUAAAUCAGCUGAACCACCGGCAGAACCACUCCCUCCGGUCGAAAGCUAUCCGAAUUUUUCCGAAGCAAUGCUCCUUCUAAUGGAGCAAGACGGCGAUCAAACCCAAGAUCUCAAACAACCCGACGCUGAAGGUACCCCUCUUUCGCCAUCGGACGUUAUCUACGAAGGAAUACCGACCACUCCGCUCCGUGAAUCGGACGGAUUGUCCACCCGCUUCAUCGAUCUGGAACCGGGCGAAAUCGUUUCCGACGAUGAGCUGGACAACUCCUCCGUAGUUCUGCUAAGUUCUGACAACGAAGAACCGGACAAACCGAAGCCGACCAUCGAGCCGCUCCCUGUGACCUUCGUCCGCCGUCCUUCGUCGACCGAGCAGGAAUAUCGCUGCACCAAGUGCGAUCGAGCGUUUCCACAGGCGCAACACUUGGAGGCGCACGAACGGUCCUACCAUUCCAAGAAGAAGACUACCAGUGCCAAAACGCCAUCACCGCAGCAGAAGAUGGCCAUCAUGAUCGACAAUCCGACCAAGCGGUGUCCCAAGUGCGCCGCAAUGGUGCACAAGGCGUCCUACUGGUCGCACAUCAGGUCGCACAGCUCGGGCGAGAGGGCGCUGGUGAAUUACGAGAAGGACCAGCCGGAUGUGCCGGGGGCGACCGACACUUGCCUGCUGGAGGAUGACGUCCUGUGGGAUAAAUCUUAGAGAUUGAUGGUGUGAUGGGAAAGAUUUUCUUUUAUAAAGUUAUGAGAAACUUUAAUCAGUAAUAAAUUUAGAAGCAAUAAGA